GACAAAUUGGUCAAGGUACGCUGUCACGAUCGGAUUCCCUGCUCCCGAUAGAUACAUCCGUCUCGAUAUAUUGCCCCCAUCGCUCUCCCCUUUAGCGGAGCACAAUGGCAGCCCGUUUUGCCCUUCUUUUCCUUUCCUCAAUACUUCUCGCAACGUCGUUUUGGUCCGCCGUAGCGGGCGGCGAUGCCGGUGAAGUGGACGAUAUUCUGAUCCGUCAAGUCGUUGAUCAAGGAAAUGCUAGCGAUGAUAACUCGUUGACCGACGAUCAUCGUUUUGAGAUCUUCAAGAAGAGGUUCACAAAGGCGUAUGCUACAAAGGAUGAGCACGAUUACCGGCUCACUGUGUUUAAGGCUAACAUGCGCCGCGCCAGGCGCCACCAGAAGCUCGACCCCUCCGCCAUCCAUGGCGUCACUCAGUUCUCGGAUCUCACUCCCAAAGAGUUUCGCCGACGACACCUCGGCGUUAACCGACGCCUCCGCCUCCCCGUUGACGCUAACAAGGCGCCGAUCCUUCCGACCAAUAACCUUCCCACUGACUUCGAUUGGAGAGACCAUGGUGCCGUCACGCCAGUCAAGGAUCAGGGUUCCUGUGGGUCAUGCUGGUCGUUUAGCACCACUGGAGCACUGGAAGGUGCGAACUUUUUGUCUACGGGAAAGCUUGUGAGCCUCAGCGAGCAACAGCUUGUGGAUUGUGAUCAUGAGUGUGAUCCAGAAGAAAAAGAUUCAUGCGACUCUGGCUGUAGUGGGGGACUGAUGAACAGUGCCUUUGAGUACACUCUUAAAGCUGGUGGACUCAUGAAGGAAGAAGACUAUCCUUACACGGGCACUGACCGUGCAGCUUGCAAAUUUGACAAAUCCAAGAUUUCUGCAAAGGUUGCUAACUUUAGUGUCGUGUCCCUUGAUGAAGAUCAAAUUGCUGCAAAUCUCGUUAAGAAUGGUCCUCUUGCAGUGGGUAUCAAUGCCGCCUUCAUGCAGACAUACAUAGGAGGGGUGUCCUGUCCGUACAUAUGCUUUAAGCGAGUGUUGGAUCAUGGAGUGUUGUUGGUUGGGUAUGGUGCAGCCGGCUAUGCUCCGAUUCGACUGAAAGAGAAGCCAUAUUGGAUUAUUAAGAAUUCUUGGGGAGAAAAGUGGGGAGAGAAAGGAUACUACAAAAUCUGCCGUGGCCAUAAUGUUUGUGGGGUGGACUCGAUGGUUUCUACUGUUGCAGCUGUUGGUACCUAAGUGUAGGAUAUGAGGUUCGCUGUCGUAUUUAUCUCUUCAUUUCCGUUUCUGUACAAAGUUAUAACUGAUUUGCUUGUUACUUUUUAAUGGCAGAUCAGGUCUGUUGGGGUUAUGUAUUAGAUGUAAACAAUCAAAAUGUCAGUGUAUUAUUAAUCACUGCUGCCUGUUACAAAUUUCAGUCCCUCUUGAUAUGAUUAGGUCUCAUUUGCUGUGC